CUAGGGGAGGUCUCAAACAAACCGAAUCUUUAUAAUACUCCAUUCCCGACUUCCAGAAGUUUCUUUUCCAUACUAUAAAGUCUACAUGAAGGAUUUGUCGUCGGGGAAAGACAGUUCAGAGAGGUUGUGAAAGGUUUUGGGAGCUCUGAGAGGCUGUAAAAAUACCAUGUUACUAUCAAGCGUGGUUCUCCUGUGCCUGCUGGCCACCAUAAACGCGAACAAAACCCUCAGCAGCCAUGCCACCAUCCUGGCAGACAACAGCGCCACGUUGGCCUUAAACCUAUACCACAACAUGGCAAAAGAGAAAGAUAUGGAGAACAUCCUGAUUUCCCCCGUGGUGGUGGCCACAUCUCUGGGCCUGGUAGCCCUUGGAGGGAAAUCGGAUACCGCUUCUCAGGUAAAGACAAUUCUUAAUGCUGCUAAUGUAAAAGAUGAGCAUCUGCACUCCGGACUAUCCGAGCUUCUCAACGAAGUCAGCAAUUCAACGGCGCGUAACGUCACCUGGAAAAUCAGUAAUCGUCUGUACGGGCCCAGCUCGGUCAGUUUCGUCGAUGACUUUCUGAAGAGCAGCAAGAAGCAUUACAAAUGCGAACACUCCAAAAUAAACUUCCGCGACAAGCGCAGCGCGGUGAAGGCCAUCAACGACUGGGCAUCGAAGUCCACGGACGGCAAGCUGCCCGAGGUGACCAAAGAUGUGGAGAAGACGGAUGGAGCCAUGAUCAUUAAUGCAAUGUUUUAUAAACCACACUGGGAUCAGCAGUUUCAUCAUAAAAUGGUGGAUAAUCGCGGUUUCAUGGUGCAUCGCUCUUACACUGUAUCUGUACCCAUGAUGCACCGCACAGGGAUUUAUGGAUUUUACGACGACGAAGCCAACAGUCUUUCGGUUUUGGAGAUGCCGUUGGCCCACAAGAUGUCAUCUAUAGUGUAUAUCAUGCCAUAUCACGUAGACUCUUUGGAGGGGGUGGAGAAACUCCUCACACGUAAACAACUGGAGACGUGGACCGGAAAACUGGAACAGAGGGCCGUCGCCGUGUCCCUUCCAAAGGUCAGCAUGGAGGUCAGCCACAACCUGCAGAAACAUCUGGCGGACCUGGGUCUGACUGAAGCUGUAGAUAAAACCAAGGCUGAUUUGUCGAAGAUCUCAGGGAAGAAAGAUCUUUAUCUUUCCAACGUGUUUCACGCCUCCGCCAUGGAGUGGGACACUGAAGGAAAUCCACCCGACAGCACCGUCUAUGGUACUGACCAGAUGAAGAAUCCCAAACUUUUCUAUGCUGACCAUCCUUUCGUCUUCCUGGUGAAGGACAACAAGACAAACUCCAUUCUGUUUAUUGGCAGGCUGGUUCGACCGAAGGGUGACAAAAUGAGAGAUGAAUUGUAAUUCAUGAGCAAGCUGUAAUUUAAAUGCGUGUGGAUGAGAUUACUGUGUCUGUAUUUGUGCACAUUUUGUGGAUGUGUUAGCAUUUUAAAAGGGGAGGAGAGUGGAAGUUAGAUCUUUGGACCACAUGUAUGUCCGUUACGUUUACUUUCAAACGUGACUUAACGUGUUUUGUAAUGUUUUAUGUUAGUGCACACUCCAUGUCAUCAGGCUCACCUGAGGUUUGGGAUGUUUUCUGAGAAGGACAGCAUGCUUAUAUUAAGUAUGAUCUCCAAUAACUGUACUUUAAAGCUACACAAACAGCAUUCUGCUCAGGGGUUUCUAUUUGUCGAUGAGAUUUCAUAGCUUGUUGACCACCCAUGCCUACACAUGGUUUCUACAAAUUGUGUCAUGAAACAUUCCUCUUAGUAGUGCACACUUGUGUUUGUACUGAAUAACGUGUCUGCACUAGAGCCUUGCAUAUGAACGUGUCUGCAUAUGAGCCCACGUUUGCACUGCAUUCGGCUUCUCACUGAACACACUGUACACAAACACGGUUGUCAAAAAUGUUGGUUUGUUUUCAUUUUUUAAUAAAAUCAGCAUUUUUGAGAA